AUGGCUCCCUCUCACCGUCGUGGACCUUGGGUCCCCGAAGAAGACCAGUUGCUCUUGCAACUCGUUCGCGAACAAGGCCCCAACAACUGGGUCCGUAUCUCCCAGCACAUGCACUUCCGCUCGCCUAAGCAAUGUCGGGAACGUUUCCACCAGAACCUGAAGCCAUCCUUGAACCGGGAACCCAUUUCGGCAGAUGAGGGCCUCAUGAUCGAACGCAUGGUCAACGAGAUGGGCAAGCGCUGGGCUGAGAUCGCCCGCCGUCUCGGCAACCGCAGUGACAAUGCCGUCAAGAACUGGUGGAAUGGCAGCAUGAACCGCAAGCGCCGCGGCCUUUCUUCGCCCACCAUCUCGCGCACCUUCAGUGGCCGCAUCGAAGCACCAUAUGUUCGUGCAUCGGUAAUCAGUCCAUCUCGCCCGCGCUUCAGCACUCGUCCAUGGGCCGACUCCGAGUCGAGCAGUGAGGAGGCCUUCUCGCACUCCCGCCGGGAGUCCAUGUCCACCACCCGCCAACUCUCGCCCAUCUAUACCUUGCCUUCUAUCAACCGACCUAUUGAGACUCCCUUGACUUCGCCCGCUUUCUCAGAGACCUCCAACGCUACUUCCGCCGAACCUCCUUCUAUGGUGUCUGACCACAACUCGGUCUGCUCUUCAUCUCCUCGCACUCUUCCUUCUCCUCAGCUCCUCCCUCUCCCCGUGGACAUGCGCGUGCAAUAUGAUGUUCGUCGUCCCAGCGUUGCCUCUGUUCAUGUGGUCGACGACUCGCCACAAAGCUACCCCGUCCGCUCACUCGAGUCACUCUCCGACCUUGCGUCGAAACGGCGCUGGAUGGAGCACCAAACUACACUGGCCUCGUGGCACCAGCCUACCGAGUCUGUUCCUCAGCCAUGGCAAUCAAGGCCAGAACCCGCGCGUGACACCCGGAUGGGCGUCAACAACCUGCUCAACUAG